AUGGAUAGAUUGAACAAGAUAAGAGGCGAGGCGGGAAGCUCGCAAGAUUUAACAUUGGACACAUCUUCCCCACUCAGUGAAGCGUUCUUGUCGGCGAAUGAGAGCUCAUCCAAAUAUUUUUCUCUCUCCGAGGUAGAUUCGACGUUCGGUAUUUCUCCAGCCAAAGAUUCGACAUCCACCGAGGUAGAGCGCACUUUAACCGUUGAUGCCAAUUUGUUGUCACCUAUUCCGAAGAGAGAAUUGGACAGCUACAAGAUCGGGAAACAGAUAGAGGCGGCAAAUAUAUUAUCCGGUGGAGUUAAUAUUUUCGACGAUAAUGAUAAUUCUUAUGAUGGUGAUGAGCUUGUCAUAGACGAUAAUGUGAUUGAGGAAGAGAAAUCUCCUAGUGAGUUAAAGCUUGAUGAAAAUGCUGUUCUUGAUAAAGCUGAGGUCUUAGAGAGUAUAGAUGAUGAGGUUAUACCGAGUAAGGAUACUGAAGUGGUGCUACAGAUAGAUGGGAACAAUGUACAUGCUAUAGAUAUUGGGAAUGGAUUAUAUUUGUAUAGGAAAGCGGGCGAGGAAGAUCUGGCUGCUGUUCAGAUGAUCGACGAUGAUCAACAACAGCCUAGCUUUAAGUUUUUAAAAGUGCGUGAAAAUGCAGAAGGAAAUUUAGAAGUGUAUGAAGAAAUUGAAGUAGAAGUAACUAAAGAAGUGCCUAUAAAAGAAGGGGAGAUUCCUUGUGAGAAAUCUUCUCAUGUGCCUAUAAAGGAUAUAAGUAAAGUUAUAAAUGAACCAUCAAGUAGUAAAACUGUUGAUAAUGCAAUUAAAACACCAAAGAAAGAAUUAAGUUUUACUAAUGAUGUUGCCGUUGAAACUAACUUGGAUGCUUCGGAUCCUAAAGUAGAAGUGAACUUCAAUGGCAAAAUGAAGUUUAAUGAAUCUCGUAAAUCACCGGUAAUAGGCACCUACACACCUAUGACAUAUCACUCUACACCCAAUAAAGAGGGAAUACCAUUGACCAAAACUAUGGUAGAUCAGCAAUUACACCCAAGUCGACAUACAGACAAUGUUAAAAAAACAAUCGAAGUACACACAGAAAGUCCAAAACAGAAAUUGUUUGAAACAAAUCAAACAAAAACUAAAAAAUCCAUCAAUGAAAUCGUCUCCCCUGGUGAGGAUAUAAAAGAAUCUGAUUCAUUAAAUAAAAAAUUACAGAAUAAAAUUGAAGAUCCCACAAAUAUACAAUCAUCUCAAACUGAACAAUCAGAUUUGACUGAGAAAUUGACUGAAAAUGAUCUUCAAUUAUCAAAUAAUAUAAAUGAAAUAAGUGUCACUGAACCUAGUUUAGAUGAAAUUGAAAAAGAAAGUGUUCUUAAUUCUGAGGUUGCUAUCAUGAAACCUCAUAAUGAUAGUGCUAUAUUAUCCAAAGUUGUUCCUGAUAUUGAAUUGGUAUCGGAUAAUAUUAAAAUAAUGGAACAAUGCGAAACUGAAGAAAAUUCUAUGGAUGACAUGUUAGAAAGUGAUAAAGAUGAUAAGCAGAUAGGCAAUAUUGAUGAAGGCCUCCAAACACAGGUUAAUAAAGUCCCAGAGGAAACAGAAUCACCAAAGACGCCUUGUGAUGAUGAAGAUGAAAGUCGCUUAACAAUUGAUGAUACAAAAAUCAUCACUACAAGUGAACCAAUAGAAGAAGUUCAUGAAAACUUAACUAUUGAUGAAGAUUCAAACAAGGACAAUGUAGAAAUUUCAACCAAUAACAUUGUCCCUAUCGAAGUACUUGCACAAGAAAACAAUACAGAAGAAAUAGUUACAGCAUCUACUGAAGAGCUCAAUGAUGGAAAGAAAAUUGUAAUUGAUGAAUCUAAUAAUCAGAACAUUGAUAAUAAGGAUAUAAUCAAAGAAAGUAAUGAUACUAAUUUGGUUUUAAAUAAAGGAAAUGAAACUGUUGAAGACAUUGAUGUAAACCAAGGAUUGAUACUUACUAAAAAGUCUGAAGAAGUAAUCUCAGAUAAUGUUCACGACAUAAUAGAAAAAUCGGAAGAAAUUAUUAGUGAUGCUAAUAACAAAAAAGAUUUACACAGUAACAACACAGAAAAUGUUAAGAAACUACCUGAAAUUUCAGAAAAAUGUAAAGUUCAAGAGAAACAAGUUGACAAUGAUUCGGAAAAUAAUUCAAUAAUAGAACCGAAUUCUAUAAAUAAAUGUCAAAAUGAAGUCAUUGAAAAUACCAACAAAAAUAAAACUGAAGAAAUGAAAAUUGGUGCACAUAGUCAAGAAGAUAAUUGUAAGAAUGAUAUAUCUGUUCCGAAUACUGUAACUAGCAAAGAUAUUGAAGUUAAUUCUAUCGCGACGGAAAAAAGUAAAAUUGUUCCCGAGCCAAAAACUGUUUCAUUAGACAUAGCUAAAAGUGAAAAUCCAGUCAACAAUACAAUUAAUAAUGUUGGAAAUGAUCAGAAAGCAACGGAUAUUGAAAAAGUUCCCGGAGACAUUAAGCAAGGAUUGAAUGAUGCAAAUAAGAAACUGCUUGAAAAACAGGAUAGCUUGAAACCCUGUGUCGAACAAGUUGAAACAAAAUCUAAACCAGUAGUAGCGAAAGCAAUAAACAAUAAUAGUGCAGUCCCAUUUGGAAAAUGGACUGAGGCGAAUAGGCAAGAAUUUUUGAAUAAAAUCAAAGAAACAAAAAUCCCAACAAAUAAUUCAAACACAAAACAAUUAAAACAACCAAAUGAUUUGAAUAGAAGGGAUGUUUUAAAGAAAAUUGAUAGCCAGAGACAGUCUAAUAUUAUUUCACUCAACAAAGGUCUUGAUACAAGCUCGCAGCCGAAAUUAAAUACAAAAGUCGAUUCCGCUGUAUUUGUGAGUAAAAGUGUUAUGGUUCAACAGUCUUCAUCUGUUGAUACAACAGUAAAAGCUCCCAAUAUCCAGAAUUCUAAAGUGAAACCUCCAAUAAGCAUAAAACCCAAGCAAGAUGACACUAAGAACUCACUUCCUACAACCACUAAAAACGUGCAAAGAAAGGAAAUAAACAAUCAAGAUUUGAUAGAUAAAACUAUCGAAGAUAUUAUUAAUAGAUCAAUUACCGGUAAAGUAUCUGAAAAUACUCAUGAAAAGCCAACUGUCUUGGAAACACAGAAUACAAAAACAUGUCCGGUUUCCUUGGAUGAAAUCGAAAUGAAGAUGAAUGAUAUACAUGGUGUUACAGGAUCAGAAGCAACAAUAUAUCAACAAACCUAUUCUAAUAAGCCGCUUGUAAAAUCGGACACAGUUAAAGCUAAAAAAGGUGAAAAAGUGCCUCACCUGUUGCCCUUCAAAAAUAAGGUCCAUUCUAAAAAUGUGAAAGAUAAUGCACGAGAUGAUACGUCUGACGACGAAAUAAUAGAACACGAGCCAAUAACUGGAGAUCUUGAAAGUAAUAAAAAGAGUUUUACACUUUUGCCCGUAAAAAAUAAGUCACCGGAGUCUAAAAAGGAAACUAUAAUAACGGAGAAAGAUUUUGACAAAUUUGCAAGACGAAAUUCCAUAACCUACGAGAACUGUUUGACAGUAAGCUUCGACGGCAAGGAAUCACAUAAUGUCAUUCAAACAGUAGUUGAAAAAGAUCCACCGGUUAAAAAAUUAUCAAGAAACGAAUUAAUGCUGGCUGAAUCUAAAGCUAAAUCGACAAACAAACAUCUCAAUAUGCCGAUGCGGUCUAAUACCCAAAAUAGUAGAAUACCUACUUUAGUGAAGGCUGGUAACGAUGACGACGCCUACAAUAAAAAUAGCCACUCUAAAGUACAAAUAGCAUAUCAAACAGCAUUAACAGCUAAACGUAAUUUGGAAUGUCCCAUUACAAUUAUCGAAGAUAAGCCUGUUAAAGUGGUUUUCAUGGAUUCGAAUUCUGAAUUCACUCCGUCACAGCUGAACGUUCAAGGACAAGAAUUGUCACCACCCAAAGCAGAUUCAGAAAUAUCAAUUCACAGCACUUCAGAAUCUUUGGAUUCAGACGUGCUUGACUCCUGUAAAAAUCAAGAAGAAAUAAAAAUUAAGAGUAAACAUCAAAGAAAACAGGUGUUGACACCGGUAGAGGAACCUGAGAUUGAACUGAUUGAACCUGUAGAUUUAGGUAUUCGAGUUUCUCAAAAGAAAAAACGGAGAUGUGAAGAAAAACUCGAGAAGCAUUCUAAAAAUGUUGUGCCAAAGAAGUCUUAUUUACUCAAUCGUAACGUCAACGAUGAGAAGCUUUCAAAUAAAACACACGACUUUACGAAAAAAUGUGAUAAAGUCGAAAAGGAGACAGAAAAAAGAAGUGAUCAAUUCAUAGGACAUACAGAUACGAUUUCAGCAAUCGAUAAUUUGGUUAAAGCCGCGGAGCUGAUUGAGACUCAGUCGGAAAAUAAAACUAACGAUAUUGUACAAACUCCUGAGCAACCAACAAACACACCAGUAAAGAGAGGACGAGGUCGUCCAAGAAAAUACCCAUUGGUAGAAUCAGGAACUGACACGAAUAAAACACCAACUCCACAAAAGAAACCGAGAUUAAUCGAUGCUAAAGUUACUAAAAAGGAUAGUACGGACUCAGAUGACAGUAGCGAUGAUGUUAUUAUAAAGGAAAAUUGGACGAUGGGCAAAAUAAACGAGAAUAUCGUGUGUCCAAUUUGUAACAAGCUGUUUAGAUCAGAGAAUGUCGUGUUUAAACACGUGAAACACUGUCCUGGACCAUCACCUAAUAGAUCUGAUUCAGAUAAAAGAAGCCCAGUCAGGCUGAGACGUUCACAAGAUUCUGAUAGAGAUUCAAGUAUAUCAAACUUUAGCGACAGUGACGAGGAAAUCAAACCUCGCAGUCGCAGAGCAAGAUACACCUCCUCUAAAUUGAAUAAUGACAAUGAUGUUAUCGUCAUUGAAGAUACGCCGAUAAAAGAAAAACCGGAACACGAAGACAAAGAAAUAAAUCAAGUGUCUAAAAAGUCUAACAUUAAAAUGAAACCGCAGCUGUGUAGGACUCAUAAUCUUAUUUGUGAAUUUUGUGGGAAGACAUUCAGGCAACUGUCUUACUUAGUUAACCAUAAAAUGCAACAACACAAAAAAGACAACGGUAAAAGCUCAGAUACUGAGCCUGCCAAUAAAACCGUCUUCAGUUGCGAAGUUUGUAAAAAAGAUUUCAGGAAAUUGCAUCAUUUAGUGCAGCACAGACUGAUACAUAACAGUAACGCUAAUAAUGUUAGAAUAACAAGAAAAAGUUCAUCUGAACAGCAUGAGGUCAAACCUUUGAAACAUCGAGAUGACAAGAAGUCUAGUAAUGAUGCGAGCGCAGGUUUCAGAUGUGAACCAUGUGAUAAAUCCUUUAGGAAAUUGCAUCACCUCGUAGAACACAGAGAAACCCAUGACGGUAUAAACAAGAAAUCUUCGGCUACAUCAACAUCAAGUGGCUCUAAUGUUAAUGAAUCAGUUAAUCUCACUGCGACAUACAACUGUGACACUUGUAAAAAAGUAUUCAAAAAAUUGCAAGAUUUACUAGAACACAAAGAAUUGCAUUUCGAGACGAGUUCCGAAAAAUCUGAUGACAAAAGCGUCAAAAGUUCUCUUUCCACUAAAGAUAUUAUUCAUGAAUGUUCACUAUGUUAUAUGGUUUUCCCCAACGAACAUUCACUAAACAAACAUACUGUUAUAUGUUUGAGGAAGAAAAAACAAAGUGCAGCUAAAGCUGCAAAGCAAGCUUUGGAAAAAGGGACGGCGGAAGUGGACAAUAUUGUGAUUAGUGAAAACGAAGAAGAUGAAUCUCCCAAAAAUACACAGGAAAUUAAUGACACUCAAAUAUCUAAAACUGAGGUCGAAGAAACAGUUAAACCUGACGAAGAAAUUAAAAUAACAGACGCUGUUAAAGUGCUACCUGAAAAUAAAAUGGAAGGACAUAUUAUAAAAAGAAAACUUUCCUCACAUGAUGAUGUUCCGGAUGUACAGUCUAAAACAGAAAACAACAUAGUUGUUGUUAAACAAGAAGAAGCACUAAUCAAACCUGUUGAAGAUUCCGUAAAACCACCGAAAGUAAAGAAAAUAGAAAUUGAAGAGUGUAUCGUUAUUCCGGAUACACCUACCCCGAAAAAGAAGAUUUUGGUGAAAGAUAAAGAAAAGAUACUUCCUACGAUUAAAAAGAAUAAAACAGUCUCCUAUCCCACAUUACCAGUUGCCAAAGAAACGAAAGCUGCCGAAUCUAGUGACGAUGAAGAUAUACGAUACAUGCUCAAUCCGAACUUUAAAGCCGAGGAAACUGCCGAAGGGAAAGUAUUCAUGAAAGUUAGAGCCAAGAAAAGGAAUUCGUUACAAAUCGAGAGGCCGAAUUCGAAAGAUUUAGUUAAAAGGAGAAUAUCAUUGCAACAUCCACCUAAAAUACCACGACUGAAAGCGAAAGCUGUAGAAGCUAAACCUAUUGUCGAAUCCAAAAGUGAAAAAACUGUUAAAUUGUCUGUCAAAGAAACUAUAUCAUCUACGGAUUCUGACGACAGCGAUGUCAAAUAUUCUUUCCCCGAUCCAGACACAACAGAAGCUAACAAAGAUAAAAAGAAAAGGCAAUCUGUAACUACAAAGAGGAAGUCAGUUAGCGCUAUCGCCAAAAGAAAGUCGCUUGGCAAACAUAAAUUGGCUACUCCCAAAACAAGAAAACGCACAUCUGAAGUCGAGCAUCGAUGUGAUUGUGGUCAGUUGUUCAGUAGCGCGGCCUUACUAUCGCGACACACGACCCUCGCACACACGCCGCCUCGAAUACGUAGAAGACGAUCACCGCCUCCCGAAAAUACCAAAAAGACCCCAAAAACCAAACCCAAACAGGCGAAAAGGAAGAGUGACGUCACCAACCCCAAUACAAAAAGUGUCGGCACAAGGAAAUCUAGUGUUAAUAAUAGUGAUGCAAAAGUUACUAGUGACGCUACCAAGAAAUACGAGUUCAGUGGAAAAUCGCUUAGAAGCUCAGCUAUCAGAGUGCCUGUAUAUGAUAAGAUGAAAAAAGUUAUCGAUAAAACGAAAAAGUAA